CAAUUCAAUAAUUAUCUGCGUAAACUUAAUAGUUUAAGAAGUAAAAGAAUUAGCAAAAACACUAAUCAUGAAUAUGAAAGAUUCUGAAAGAAAAUGACAACUUGGAAUUAAGAAAUACACUCAGCCAUAAAGUUUUUAGUCUUGAAUGCUUUUUUGAAAAUUUGUUGUUUAAUACAUUAGUUGACUAUAAUCAAGCAAUUCAACUUGAUUCAAAUUUUGCAGAUACCUACGAUAAUGGAGGUCUUUUAUAUGAAUCUAUGGGUGAAGACGAUAAAGCAAUAACCAAUUUAGUUAAAUAGAGGCGAAUAAUUCAUUUAAAGUUAGGUUCUUUAUAUUAAAAACAUCAUCAGAAAAUAGAGGCAUAAAAUGAUUAUAACAAUAUAAUUGAACUUGAUCCAAAUUUAUUCUAGGCCUACCAAUAAAGAGGUCGUUUAUAUGCAUAAACUAAUGAUUAAGUUAAAGCAUUGAAUGAUUUUAAUCAAGUAAUUCAACUUAAUCCUCCUACUUAAUUGAGCUUAUGCGUACUAUUCUAUGGCUACAUACAAUAAGGCAUUAAUAGAUUAUAAUUAUGCAAUCGAAAAUAAUCCUCGAAUUUUACAGGCCUACACAAAGAGAGAUGUAUUUUGUAUAAACCAAUGGGCGAUUAUGACAACGCAUUAACUGAGCAAUUGAACUUGAUCUAAAAUUUGUAUUAUAUAUGAAUAGAGGUCUAUUAUAUUAUAGUAUUAAUAAGAAGACAAAGCUUUGACUGAUUAAAAUGAAGUCAUCAACUAAAUCCAAAUUAUGUUGAAGCAUAAAUGUAUAUAUUUAGUGAAUUUAUGUGAAUAGAUGGGUGAGUAUGAUUAAGCAAUGCUUGAUUAUAAUUAAGUAAUUUAACUUGAUCCAAAUUUAUUACAAUCCUAUAUAAAUAGAGGCGAAUAUUAUUAAAAGUAAAUUUAGGUUUUUUA